CCCGCCCCUGCCGGCAGCCGGGGCCGCCCUCCCGCGGCUGCGAGCUCCGGCACAAGAUGGCGGCGGCCGCUCGCUGGGCCCUGCUGGGCCUGGCGCUGUGGCUCUGCGCGGCCGCCCGGGCUGGCGAGCCGGAGGGGAAGCGUCGGGCCGGGCCGGCUAAGAAGAAGGACAUUCGGGAUUACAACGAUGCGGAUAUGGCCCGGCUGCUGGAGCAGUGGGAGAAGGAUGACGACAUUGAAGAGGGGGAUCUUCCUGAACACAAGAGGCCUCCAGCACCAAUAGAUUUCUCAAAAAUUGAUCCAGGCAAGCCUGAAAGUAUCCUGAAACUGACGAAAAAGGGGAAGACUCUGAUGAUGUUUGUCACUGUGUCAGGAAAUCCCACAGAAAAGGAGACAGAAGAAAUUACCAGCUUGUGGCAGGGCAGUCUCUUCAAUGCAAACUAUGAUGUACAAAGGUUCAUUGUUGGCUCAAAUCGUGCAAUCUUUAUGCUGCGUGAUGGCGGUUAUGCCUGGGAGAUCAAAGACUUUCUGAUAAGUCAAGAAAGGUGUGCGGAUGUUACUCUGGAAGGCCAGGUUUAUCCUGGCAAAGGAGCAGAUGAAAGUGAGAAAGGAAAAAACAAAACAAAACCUGAAAAAGCAAAGAAGAAAAAAGAUGCAGACAAGAAAUCUAAAAGCAGCAAAGAGGACAACCGAGCAACCAAGCAGAGAGAUGAUCUAUGACAGUCGCAUUAACCAGACUGAAUACUGCUCUGCUGUUCCUUGAAGGGAAACUGGAGUUUCUGUACAAUUUCUGGCUUUACUGGGGGGAAGGAAGGAAGCAGACAUUACUGAGGUUAAAAGACUUCUAUGUUGAAAUACAACGGUUUACUUAUUAAUGUUGGCCAUUUGUUUAGUUACGGGAAAGGUAAUGUUUAAUACCGGCGACUGACUGGUUUGUAAUUCUUCAUGCUUUUGUUGUUGUUCAAAGUUAACAUGAAAAUGUGUAUCUAACAUUACAAACUUAAGUGGAAGGGAAGAAGUACUGUCUCGGAAUACACCCAUGUUUACCUGUAGUAGCUGCUGUCUGUCAUGGGUAUGCAAGUUGGUCAUUCAUUCAUCGUUGCUCUUAGGUAGCAGAGUUCAUUUCUAAAAGAUACUUUGGGAAGCCAGUUUGCCAGGCUUAGUUUGCAAAACUGGCUGAAAUUGCAGAGAACAGUGUUACAGUGGCCAAAGGUGCCUGAAAUUACAGGGUUUAGGACAUGUCUGAGUGGACUGCCUUUCUUUAAAAUAAACAAAAACUCUUCUGUCCAUUACCAAAAAUGCACAGGAGCCCUUAGAAGUACUAGAAGCUAGGUACAUCCUCAACUAAUGCACUCCAGAUCAGUACAAAAGAGAUUCUGUACCCAUCAGAAUUGAUGCUGUUGAGGUUAAUGGAAUUACAACACCAACAACAGGAACGGUGUCAGGGUGAAAGGAAAAGUCAGAUUCAUGGCAUUCACGUUGCUACUGCUGCCAAAGAACUGUGCCCACCAAUGCAAAUGCUACGUAUGCCCCGUUAUCUUGACAGUGAGUGAGCAGAUACAACCUUAACUCAAAUUAAUUUGUUUUGCUAAGGGUUUGCUUAAAUCUUUGAAAAAACACUAGUUUCAAUAGAGAGGUACACAUGAAGUAGACGUACCAAUUAAUGAUGUCUAAUAACCAGAUCGUGGUGAUUUUUUUUUAAUUAUUUUUUGGUAGAUUCCUGAGUGACAUGGUUGACUGUAAAUGAACAUUGAUUUAAAUGCUAUGAAGAUUGAUAUUUGGGAGCAAGUCUGAUUUCUUCUUGAAAGACUUUAUGUAAUUAGAAAGGUUGAAUGAUAAUGCAAUCUGUAUUCCGUUAAAUGCAUGGCUUAGAGUUGCAUUUCCUUUAUCCCUUACUAUGUGUUAAGGACUAAACGCACCGAGUUUUUUUUCCACAUUGUUUAUUGUUUUCCAGAGUAUUAGCACAGUAUUAAUUGUCUUCAUUCAGUAGUACUAAGAUAAUGUUGCUUUGACCUUUUUUUUAAGGUGCUAAUAUCCAGGUGUUUUGGAUGAAGGGUCCUAAUUGAACCAUAAUGGUUGAUUUUGUGGAAUACUUCAACAUCAAAAGUGCGAAACUGUGACUUACUGAGUACUUGUUCCAAAAUAAAUUAUGUGGCUAAACUUACGGUUUCACUUAGUAGUAAAACCUUUUAAAUAACAACACAUUUAGAUAGAUACCUGGGGAGAAACUAACCCAUCUUUGGUUUCUGUAGUUACCUGUAAGGACUGAAUGAUGUCAAUGGAAGUUCCAGGUGAUCAUUUUUAUUUACUUUCAGUGGCAUUUAUGUUGAGUAUUAAAUAAACCUUUCCUACCACACUUCAUUAAAGAAUUGUUGGAAAACUGAAAAUCAUGUAUUUCUUCAGGUUUAACUUUUAUAUACUACUGUUAAUCCAAAAACAUGGCAGAGUUGAGAUAAGUCUCUGUAGAUACUUGGAUAUUGCACUGGGGAGAGAUGUGUAAUCCGUUUCUUGUUCAUAAUUAACUGAUCAUUCUGUAUUAUUUUUUUUUCUGGUUUUGUACCUCCCUUCUUUUAAAGAAUAUUGCUUCUCAAAAGAUGAACAUAAUUCAAACGAAACUGUAAAUAUGACGUUGACCAUGUUUUUGUCUUUUUACAACAUAAAUCUGUAAUAUAGAGAUGACAAUUCAGAUUACCAUCAGAAAUGUGUGGAAAUGUUCCGUAGUUUUCCUAAUGUUACAAAGCAUAAGCAUAUGACUACUUUUUGAUCAAACUGUGUUUUUUUUUUUUUCCUGGGCUGAAUAAUUAAGCGAUGCAAAAUUAUAUAUGGAUAAUAUAGAAUCAAAUAUGCUAAGGAGAAGGGACAAAUAGUACCCUACAACUCUAGCUCAACUUCUGAGAAUAGACACUUGUUUUAAUCAUUCAUGAAUCAGUGUUUACAGUAGGCUCUUCCCCUUCAAGUUAAAAGAACUGGGAGAGACCAGCUUUGAAAUUCAACCAGCCAGUUGGCCAAUCGUUUGUUUUUGAGUGAUUAAUUUGAAUUUGCCAAAUGUAGGCAUGUUUUGUACCACAUAGCUCACUUCAAUUUUUUUGUUUGUUUGUUUCUCUUUCUUUUUUAAAGAUUUUGCUAGGUAUUCUGGUGUUUGACUCGGUGUUUUUUUUUUUUUUUUUUUUUUUCCUCAUAUAAAAUACAAAAAAAAUGCCUUCAAGUAGACUUUGUCUUGUGUUUUCCUUCUUUCUUCUCCCCCCGCCCUCUGCCACCCAUGCUUUAUAGCCAACAAAUGAAUAAAUAUGCUAUUAAGUGUAAUGUGGUCAUCUGGAAGUAACUUAAUCACCACGCAGUCUUUCUCCAAUAUCGCAGUUCAUAAUUCUACUCCAAAACAUUUAAUGUUCCCUUUCAAAACUCUUUGGGAUCCUAGCAGUUGUACUGGUACAGUGCUACAUAAUCAAUGUUAUUUUCUAUUCAUUUAAGAGACCCAAAGACAAUAUUAUAGAUAAGUAUAAAAAUAUCUUCAAAAAGUUAUUUGAGGUUGUUAAUAUCAUAGAAGUAACCGAGCAAAUGCUGGUUUUCACUGUACAAUGUUGUGCAUUCAAGUCUCACCAGCCUUCCAACAGCUUUUUGUGGCUCUAUAUGCAGGCAAAAGAUACAGCCUUUACAACGAAGUUCAACAAGUAGGUUGGUGAUUACAGAUCUUCUUGUACUUGCUUUCUUAUUAAGUUCUACACAGAGGUACGUGGAAAAACAUCUACUGUCCUGACAGCUAAACUUUUGCUGUUUUUCUCUACACCAUUUAGUUAUUUCUCUGUUCUAGUGUUGUUAUGUUUUCAAGGUUAUUGUUAUAUUUUAAUAACGAUGUGCAAUGUGCAUUUUGUAAAACAUUUCCAGUUGACAAUAUUUUGUCUGAUAAAAUAUUGGAAUGAAUAUUUGUUUUCUUUUUCAAGAUAAUCCUAAUGUAUACUGUUUGCCCUGUGUGUUCCACUUUGUGUUUUGUUUUGUUUUUCUUUUUUUUUUUUCCAAUUAAAAUUCCUACCUAGAAGAGAACAAGGGCAUUUUCUAAUCUUGGGGGCUUAACAUCAUCAAGCAAAGUAAGGAAGGAAGCUGACUUUUAAAUUACCAGGACAAGGACCUGGAAGACCUGAGAGAAGAAGCAUAUGCAACAGUUGAAUCCUGAUGGUUGAAUUUAGUACAGAACACCAAAGACUACAUCGUAUUAUUUAGGAGACGCAAGCAGUGUAAACAUUGAUUUUAAAGAGAGGAGAAUUCCAGGUGUAGACCUGAUUACAUUGCUAAGGUUUACACAAAACAAUGUAAUAAAGUUCAGUGCCAUCAGUUUAAUAUAAAAGCGUGCCUAUUACCAGUCUUUUAUCUCUAUCUGCUGCAGUUUUUUUCCUGCUAGCAAAAGAUGCGUAGGAUUUGUAGUUCACAUUCCUUUUGCAGCUUUCAGUUUGUCUCUUAACACCAUUCUUGCACUUGAUUGUAGGUGAAGGACACAUUUUUAAAAUUCCAUCUCCAAGUCCGUUAUGACACGCUUAGAAGUUUCCCAGCCAACAAGACUUCUGAUACUCACUUCUCAAAGCAUUUCUCUUCUCUGAAAAGUCAGGUCAGCUUUGGCUUCAAAAAGACCCCCACAUUCCUGUGACUGUUUUUAAACUCUUUCAAUUUUCUUUCAAAAAGGAAAUCAUAAAUUAAAAUAUCAUUCCAUUAAGAUAUGGAACAGCCCAUUUUUUGUUUGAUAUUUGGCCAUUGUUCUCUUGGGCUUUAUGGUAAGGCUUGGGAAUUACAUGUAUUUCCAGUUUUUCUGUGGCUCAUUUCCUUUUCUAUUUAAGGAGCAACAGUGCUUGCCUUCUUCAGAGUUUUCUUUGAUUGUGUUGCAUGUUUACAGCAAUGCAAAGAGCUCAUGCCUGGAUAAGAGGCAUGGAGAUGCCUCUUUUUGCAAAUACCUGUUCCAUUAGUACUGUGAUGUUUCUGAUUCUUAAGAUUUCCAUCCUACUAUGUGUAUUGCUAUAGUUUCAUUUGAUAAUUUUUACUCCAUCUGCAUAUCACUGUUUUCAGUCUUUCGCACUGUCACUUUAACAGGGGCAAGACUCUGGAUUCAGUUUAUAUUAAAUUGCCAGGAGGUUAAAGCUGCUUGGAUUCAUGAGGGGAAAACACUCUACUGUUUAAUUUCCAAUUAAAAAAAAAAAAAAAAAAAA